CGGAUACGCAAUAGACGAGCGAGGACCCGAAGUUGUACGGCUAGGAACAUUGAACGUGGCGGCCCUUAGUCUCUGAUCCCAGCGUUAGUGGCAGCAGCAUCAGCAGCAGGUGGAUCGGGUAACGGAGAGUGUACUGUGCUCAAGGACGGUCUCCCUUGCUGCUGCUGCUGCUGCUGUUGUGGAGAUACCAGAGACUGGUUGCGCGCAGGAAAUAAAGACGAUGAUGGUGAUGGCUGGGAUGGUCCAAUGACACGGCCUUUGUGCGGCCUACCGCAACCGGCUGCUGGUGGUGCUGGGUGCUUCUGGUGCUGGCUGUGGCAUAUGCUCGUUGCGAGAAAACGCCCCCGAUGAGCGGCCCACAGAUACCGAGGCCGACUGCGGAACUGAAGCCGGAGCCGGAGCCAGAGCCGGAGCCGAUCCACCGACAACAACGCCAACGCUGGCAUCCGCAGUUGGUCAUUAAUCGUCGGGCGGAAGCUCCGUCUGACGUUGAACUGCGUCCAUCCACGGCCACAACCCUCGCAGCAACAACCAGGUCGCCGGCGCACCUGCGAGGCUCUGCAGCAGCAUUCAGCAGCCUCAGCCCACACACAGCAUCCGCCCUGGCGUCACGAGCCACCAGCGGACUCACCCUAAACACGCUCUGCCAGCAGCACCCCCCACCGUGCGCCGAGAAAUCGCCAGCCACUCACUGCUGCUUUUGGUUUUGGUUUCGCCACCCAUCUCCACCACAUGCCACUCGUCCGAGCUCACAGUCAACCCACACAAUCGCACGCCAGGCACCCGGCACUGACAGCCACCUGGACCAGCGCCGCGUCGGUCCCAAAGCUCGGCGGCAAAGCCACCAUGCGGUGCGAAAUAUCCGCCAGCGGCCGCGUGGGAACAACCGCCUGCACCAUACGGCGUGGCAGCACUAAAGAGUCCAUCGGAGGUCCCGUGUGUGGCCCAUGCGGGUGCGCAUAUAUCGAGGAUACGCGCAGCGCCAGUUCCUCCAAAAGCUCCGACCGAUCGCCCCCCGCCGCCGCCGC